UACUCAUCAAAAGUCAAAACCCUCCAAAACCCCCGAAAGUACGAACACCAGAAAUCCGACGCAUUGGAACAACAGCAACGGAGACAAUCGGAAAGGCUUAAUCACUCCAAUGGCAGCGAAGAAUCAGCUAGGAGACAAGGCGAGAAAGCGAAAGCACAUCGCAGGUGCCAACAAGAUGGGGCCAGGUGCCUCCCCUUACAAGAAGCCAAAGGUCGAUGGCUCAAAUACCCGAACUCCUCCGAAUAAGGUCUCGAAGAAACCUUUCAAGCCAUCUAAGCCACCAAUCAGAGCCAACUUUGAUAAUUCUAGAGACGAUAAAGCUCCUUUGACCAAGCGAGAGGGUCGCCUCAAAGCCAAGGAACUGGCAGAGGCUAGGAAGAAGAAGAGGAAGCGUCAUUACAAUCUUGAACAGGAGCUUGCUUCUCUGUGGGAGAGAAUGAGAGUUCGCAAUAUUGCCAAAGAAGAUAGAUCCAAGUUAAUUACUGAAGCUCUUCAAAAGAUGAAGGGAAAGAUUACGGAAAUUGCUGGCUCCCAUGUUUCAUCCCGUGUCCUUCAGACUUGUGUUAAAUAUUGUUUACAAUCUGAGAAGGAUGGUGUAUUUGAGGAGCUUCGGCAGCAUUUUCUCACCCUGGCCUGCAACACUUAUGCGGUUCAUUUAGUGAAGAAAAUGAUAGACAAUGCUUCUAAAAAACAGUUGGCUGGGUUUAUCUCCUCCCUUCGUGGGCAUGUUGCUUCUCUUCUUCGCCACAUGGUUGGUUCUGUUGUUAUUGAGCAUGCUUACCAACUGGGUAAUGCAACUCAAAGACAAGAGCUUCUAAUGGAAUUAUAUUCUACUGAGCUUCAGUUGUUUAAGGAUUUGGCCAUAAUGAAAGAAAGCAGGUUGCUAGAUGUGAUUUCAAAGUUGGGCCUACAAAAAGCUUCAGUCUUACGACACCUGUCUCUCGUGAUUCAGCCAAUUCUUGAGAAGGGAAUAGUGGACCAUUCUAUUAUACACAGGGUGCUCAUAGAGUACUUGACCAUAGCCGAUAAGUCCUCUGCCACGGAGGUAAUUCAGCAGUUGUCAGGUCCGCUUCUUGUUCGAAUGAUCCAUACCAGAGAUGGAUCUAGGCUUGGGAUGCUAUGUGUCAAGCAUGGGAGUGCUAAGGAACGAAAGAAGAUUAUCAAAGGAAUGAAAAGCCAUGUCAGCAAGAUAGCUCAUGAUCAGUAUGGGAGUAUGGUACUUGUCUGCAUAAUUUCAACUGUUGAUGACACAAAACUUGUAACCAAGAUUGUGCUUCGUGAGCUUCAAACAAUUUUGAAGGAGCUUGUUUUCAACAAGAACGGAAGGCGUGUGCUACUGCAGUUACUGUAUCCAAAUUGUUCACGCUAUCUAAGUCCUGAUGAUAUGGCUUCGCUCGAUUCAGCCAUUCCUACUCUAUGUGCCAAGGGCGAGUUUGAAGUAAACUCUGAGGCAAAGUCUUCAAAUGACGAAGAAUCUAGUGACAAGGAUGAAACCAUCCCUGACAGUACAGUCAUCGAGGCCGAUGAUGGUACAGGUCUUGCAGAUAAGGUUCAAUCAGUCGAAGGCGGGAAAAAAGAUCCUUCCUUGAGAAGGAAAGAGUUGUUGGUUGACAGUGGAUUUGCUGAGAAUCUCAUUGAAAUAUGCAUCGAGCACGCAGGAGAAUUACUUAGGUCAAAUUUCGGCAAAGAAGUCUUAUAUGAGGUUGCAGUUGGGGGUUCUAAUGGCGUUCUUCGCCCAGCUUUAGAUGACAAGUUGAACACCUUGCAUAAAGCUAUAUCAUCUCUCGCAGCAGAGUCUAAAUCUGAAGACUCAGAGGAGGAGCAUGUCCUUGAAAAUUUUCAUUCAAGUCGGACCAUAAGAAAACUAGUUUUGGAUUGCCCCAACUUUGCUUCCACUCUGUGGAAGACAGCUCUGGAAGGAAAAUGUGAAUUGUGGGCCCAAGGUCACAGUUGCAAAGUAGUAGCAGCAUUUCUGGAAUCCACACAUCCUGAAGUCCAGAAAUUAGCAAGAAAAGAGCUGCAGCCACUGGUAGAUGGUGGAACUCUUAAAAUCUCUGAAACCAAGAAAGCAACUAACCAAGGUUAACUGGUUUGCAUACAGCCAUACACAAAUGACGAGACACAAGAGCGCAUGAUAUCAGGUGGACGUGGUUGAACUCUCUUUCUUUAUUUGGAAAAAUUUUGUGUAAUAUGAACAUAGCUCUUGAUAUAGGCUGACAUGAGAUUUAGAAGUACACAUGGCGUUCUUUUAGUUAGUAAUUUUGAAGGGAAAUACAUAUGACGUGACGUUCAGUGUCAAGGGUAUGGUGUCUAUCUUUUUUUUUUGGGCAGGUAUGGUGUCUAUCUACAUCACCUGAUAUAUUAGUAAUGUAUCUCAAUUUUGAUCAAAAUUUUUCAUAUGAAAGGAUUUUUAUUUCCUUGA